GUGAAUGGCUUUGAAGGCUCUGUUGUUUGUCUUUUUGACGCCAUGCUGCCUUUCGAAAAUUAGUAUGUUCGACGACAGUGUCAUGUAUAGUUUUAGCUGGAAGGUGGGACGUGAACUUGAGGAUAAGGGAAAUAUCGAGUCUAUUAUUGUGAGGUCGAAAGAGAACGAAAUGUAUCAGUGCUUGCUGCCACGACUAGAGGAAGAUCAGGAGGAACAGAUUGAUCCAGCAGAUGGUCCUCAUCCAUUGCAGCUGCUGCAGGCUUUAAGGCACGAAGAAUGUUCAUACAAAUUGGAGUCGUAUUGGGUGUAUGAACUCUGCUAUGGUCGUUACUUGCGGCAGUACCACGAAGAACAAGCGCAACAAUCGAACAAACCAAACGCUCGAAAGUUGACCGAGUAUUACCUCGGGAAGUUCAAAUUGUUGGCUCCCAGAGGCGAAGAGGCUCCUAUUGCAUCAUCUUCAUCAGUCGAUGAAGAGGAGCAGCCAACAAAGGUGUCGACGCUCACUGUUCAGGGUCGUACAUAUCCAUACUACGGGGUCGACAUUACCGACGGUACACCGUGUGAUCUUGAGGGCCACACAGCUCGACGGUCAACGAUUAAGUACAUCUGUAAUGAAAUGGCAAUAAACGAGAUUCUUUUGCUGGUCGAGAUAAAGACGUGUGAAUACGAAGUCAUCGUAGCAACUGCUCUUCUCUGUAAAAAUCGAGCCUACAUCCCUAAGAAGGACAUCAUCAACGACAUUGAAUGCCAUGCAAUGGAUGGAUCCCCAAGAUAUCCGAGAGUUAUGAAGGAGUAUGCAAAACAUGAAUCUUGGUCGUCUCAAUCGAAAGACGUGCAUGCCAGUGGAGGGGGUUUUGAUGUAGAACACAUUUCUUCUACACAAGAUGAUCCGACAGUUGUGAAGCAGUUUCUUGCUGGAGAGCAUUGUUUGAAAGGAGGAAGUGGAUGGUGGCAUUUUGAAGUGUGUUAUGGAAAAUAUGUUAAACAGUUUCAUGUGGAGAAAGGUGGUCGUACGGACAUCUAUCUUGGCCACUGGGAUGAGCAGGUUCACAAAGAGUGGUAUCAGAAGAAGGUUAUUAACAGGAUGAAAAAGCUUUCAGGAUUUGUGCUUCACUAUUAUGCUGGAGGUGAUGUGUGCGAUCUAACGCAGCAACCACGAACCGUACAAGUAAAACUCAAAUGUGUAAAAGAUGCUAAACCAAGCCGCGUGUCUGUGUCACUGGAGGAGCCAUUGAGCUGUCAAUACAUUCUAACUGUGGAAGCUGCUAUUGUGUGCGAGUUACUAGAGACGAUUAACGAGUAUGGACUCUUUUCUAUGCCGUCUAAGUAAACGUGGAGACAGCAGUAAACUUCAGAUUGUUAAUAUUCUUGUCUAUUGUUGCAUGCAACAUUACAAAUUUAAUAGAAUUGACGUAUCUUCUUUCCA